GCACUCGCCUAAUUCCACUCGUCGACCCCAACCCACACGGGCGCCUCGACAUUACCCGCGAAGCUCGCUGCCUCGCUAAUCCUCGCCCAAAACCCUUACCCACCUAACUCACUGCUUCCCCCCACACCCCGACCGCCGCAACUAAACACCACAUCACGGCUCGCAACCUCGUCUCACGAUGAGCCAGCAGCCGCAAAUGAACAUGGCCGUCAUGGGCGGGCCUGUCGGCGGUGGCGCCAUGGCUGGCCAGAUGAACAUGGGCUCCCCCUCCAACCAAACCAUCGACAUGAGUCCCGCCGCGAUCCUGAAGAAGCUCAACACAGCCAUCUACGACUACCUCUUACGCAACUCGCAGUACGACAUCGCCAAGGCCUUUCAAGAAAAGAUGCCCAUCGAGACCAAGCCCAAGGACGAAAAGCAGGCAAAUGGCAUGGACGAUGGCAUGGAUGACACAAAAGACCCCGGCAUCCUAAAGCGGCCCGAGGGCCUCCCUCUGCCCAACAACAUGCACGACGGCCCCCUCUUGCAAGACUGGUGGCUCCAGUUUUGGGAGCUGUGGCACGGGCAGCGCAAUCGCGGCAAGAACAACACCAUGCAAUACCUCCAGAACCAGCGCAUGGGGCAAAAGGGACGGAUGAACUUGAUGGGUGCUAUGGACCCAAACAUGCAAAACCUUCGCAGCGGCUACAACAUGAUGGCGAACAAUGGCAUGCCCAUGAACCCUAACGACCUUCGCAAGUCUGCCAUGCAGCAAAAUAAUCAGCAACGCCUAAACCCUCAACAACAGAUGCAGCAAAUGAAGAUGCAAAACGCGCAAAACAAUGCGCAGAUGAUGCAAGGCAGUGCGAUGGAACGACAAGGCUCGCAAAUGGACGGCAGCGGUCCCCGAUCCUCCCCGGGAUCCGGUGACGGGCCUUCCUCGCCGAAGCGGCAACGAAUCGAAGGUGGCAUGCAACCCAUGCCGGGACGACCUGGUCAACCAGGACAAAUGCAAGGCAGCCAGGGCAUCAACCCCAACAUGGGCCCCGGCGGCGCUCAAGGCAGCCCGAUGAACCAAGUCGGCAUGGACGGCGCGAAUCCCGAGUUCUACGCCAAUGCCAACGGUCGCAUGCCCAUGCAGCAGAACCCCGCAGCCGUGGCGGCGGCCAAUGGCCAAGGGGCCGGCAAUGGUGGCAAUCAUGCCUUGCAAGACUAUCAGAUGCAGUUGAUGUUGCUGGAGCAGCAGAAUAAGAAGCGUCUGCUCAUGGCAAGGCAAGAGCAAGACAUGCACAAUCCUGCUGGUGUCGGCCCCAACGGCCAAUUCCCUCCUGGCAUGAUAGAUCCGAAUCAAGUACCCCCUGCCAUGCGCACCCAGAUGAUGAUGGGUCCGAAUGGGCAGGUGAUGCGCGCUCCGGGCGCACAUCCGAUGGCCGGCAACAUGCCCACACAACAGCAACUCGAGGCCUUGCAACGCCAGGGUGUGCCGAUGCCCAAUGGACAAUUCACCGGACAACCCGGCCAAGCACAGAUGAUGCAAGCACAGCAGGGCGGCCAGCCCGGUCAGGCACAGCCGAUGGGUACGCCUAGGCAGCAGAACACCGCCAUGCCGCCACCCCCAGCGCCCGCAACGGGAACGCAGCCCAGCAGUCCGUCGCAGCAGCCUCCUCCGACGCCCAGUCAAACGGCCAAGCCCAAGCCAGGCACGAAGAAAGAGCCUGCUAACAAGAAGGGCGCCGCAAACAAGAAGGGCGCAAAUGCCAACCAACCUGCCGCAUCAGAAUCCGAACAGCCACCAACCCCUACACCCGCAACACCAGCGACACCCAUGAACGCCAACGCCUUUGCGCAGAAUAAGCAGCUGCCCAACGGUCAGCCAGCGGGAGCUCAAGGCAAUGCCGCCGGCGGAAACAAUGCCCAAACCGCAAACGCGCAACAACAACAGCAGCAGGCGCAGCAUCAGCAACAACAAGCCGUCCCUCCAGGCGGAGACGACAUGGGCUUUGCCUCCAUCAUGGGCGACGACCAAUUCGGCAACCUCGGUCUGGACUUCCCCUUGGGCGCGGAGAACGACCUCGACUCCUUCGACUUCGACAGCUUCCUCAAUAACGACGGCACGGACUUCAACUUCGACGUCGCGGGCGCCUUCGACGGGGCGCCGUUGACCAUGGACGGGGCGAAUUAGAGACCCUUCCCGCUUCAUGGCUUGUAUCACUACUACGACUCGGAUUCGGCGUAUGAUGGUCGUCGAUGCGAUUAAUUCUGGACGAUUUGGGACGAAUGAUUCACCCUCCUCGGGUUUCUGAUAGAUGCCACUCCCGCUACAUCGUGCAUUGCUGGACGCUGGCUUCGCAUAC